AUAUUGUAAUUAUGAAAAUACUUUCUUUGACAGUUGAGUUGAUAUUACAUUUGUUGUUGAUCAAUGAAAUUUGUUCAUUUAAAUGGAAGCAUCGUUUUGCAAUACUCAUGGAAAUUCUAUGCAAAUUAUGAGAAAUAAUGAUCAUUAUAUUGGAUAAAAUUGCAAUUAUUCCAUUGAUUUAUAUUUUAAAAUGUUGAAAUAUAAGAACAUUAUCUGAGAUUGACAAUAUGUGAUUAUUAGUGGCAUUAUGUAGAAACUAGAGAGUCAACAAAAAUAAUGUAUGUGUUGUAUGAGUUAAUGCAACAAUUGAUCGCUGAAUCCAAAGACUUUUCUGCACUCGUAAAGCAGAUGUUGGCAAUCAGAACACAGGAAAUGGAUAUGACUUGGACGUAAUGACAAAGUUGUGCUAAGCUUUAAGUGCUACCCAUUCAAAUUUACUUCUUCUAAAUCCAACACAAGCAUUGAUGAAGAUGAGUAUCCUGAUUUGAUGCCUAUUCAUUUCGGCUACGCUACGAGAAAUUCAAGAGUACGGAAUGAAUUUGAGGUGUUGUUAUUGUUUCUAUGGUAACGAACGCUACUUUCUCAACAUGGCCGACAAAAGAGACUCGAAAAUGGAGUAUGACACUGGAGGCGUUUCAAAUGAGAAUUCAUCGAAGCAUUUCGUGGACGACUUGGAAACAUACCACAACGUGGAAAACUUACAAGAUACCAUUACUGAAGGUUUAUCACAACUUGGCCGUUCUGCGGAUGGAACUAUGCAGGUUUUUCUAACCCUGACGCUAAAUAAUUUAGGUCUUCAUGAUGUAUCAUUUUUAAAGUGUUACAAACACCUGCAGACUAUCAUCUUAUCACAAAACCAACUUUCAGAUUUGACAGUUCUUGAUAACAUGGAUAGUUUAGUCAAGUUGGAUGUCUCACGUAAUAAACUGACCAGAUUAUUGAAUUUUAAACCAUCUAAAUCCCUCGUAGAUGUCAAUUAUGCUCACAAUUUAAUUCAAGAUAUUCCUGAUUUGUCAGAACAUCGUUCUCUUGUCACAUUAAUUCUUGAUUAUAAUAAUAUUGAUAAAAUCGAUGGACUUUCUUCGUGUUGCUCUUUAAAAAAUUUACAUUUGUCUUACAACAAAAUUGAACGCAUCGAGGGCUUGUUGAAUCUACCAAUAGCUUUUCUGAACUUGAGUAAUAACAAGAUCAAGCGAAUUGAAAAUCUAGAAUCAUUAAAAUAUUUAAAGGUACUUGAUUUGUCUUACAAUUUUAUUCGGAGUCUGAAAGGCCUCCAAGGUCAUGACUUCUUACAAGAAAUAAAUCUGGAGAGUAAUCAGAUUAUCGACAUUGCUGAUAUCCGCUAUAUAAGAGAACUGAAAUUGUUGAGGAUGUUGAAUUUUAAUCAUAAUCCCAUUCAAGAACUGAAUGAUUACAGACUGUCCAUCUUGUUCAGACUACAGAUGUUGACAACUCUUGAUGAAACCCAUGUGACUGCUCAUGAAAAGGUAAAUGCAGCCAACAUGUUCAAUCCUUGUUUUGACGUCAUAGCUGCACGUGAUCACAUGGUGCACGUGGUACGAUCGUUAACACAACCUGCAAAAGUAUUUGAUAGUACUUUAUCAAGUUUACACACGCCAUAUCCAAUAUUGGUUCUAACUGGACCUUCAGGCUGUGGCAAGCGAUAUCUUGUGAAAAGAUUAUGUCAGGAAUUUCCUGAUUACUUUGGAGUAGGGGUAUCAACAACAACACGUACACAAAGAAAGAAUGAAGAAGAUGGUUUGGAUUAUUACUUUACCAGUCAGGAGGAAUUUGAACAUGAUGUCAUGAAGGGCAAGUUUCUUGAGACGAUAAAGUAUGGCGGUUAUCAUUAUGGACUAACUCGUCAGGCUGUCGAGUUUGUUGCAAGAAAAGGUCUUGCUUGUGCAUUUCAUAUGGAAUAUGAGGGUGUACUCAGCCUGAAAAACAGCAGUUUUGAGCCACGUUAUGUUCUUUUGCUUCCAGAAACUUCUCAGGAACACGAGCGACGGCUGCGUGAAGACUGUUGCCAUUCGGAAUCAUUGAUAGAUCAAGCUUUAUCACGUGUCGACAUGUACGCUGAUAUAAAUAGACAAAAACCUGGAUUCUUUGAUGUCACUUUUGUCAAUGAUGAUAUUGAAGUACUGUACCGUGAGUUAAAAAUGCUGGUCCUGGAUUAUCUUGGAUUUUCUCCGACAGCUACGACAAAUUCUUAUUACGUUGGUACUGCAGAAAUUUUGUGCAGCACGGCAACUUCCGAAAACUACUCGAAGGAUUCCGAAGACAGCACUGUGACGACAUCUUCUCGAGCAUGGUCACGACCAAAAUCCAACAUUUCCACGAACUUUGUGAGGAGAAACAUAAGUUUUCAAAGUUCUGAGGUUUCAUCGUUAGAGCUAGCUUCACUUAAAAGACGUCGCGCCUUGGCAAAGGCUGCUUUAGUCGGGAUACCAUACAUCUCUAAGGAACAUCUCUCUAACAAUGGGCAAGUCAACGAGCUCAGGGAAAGAAUGAAUAGCAAAAUUUCAUCGUUACUUCAUUUUCAACGUUCCUUCUCUGCUCCUGUAGAUCAAAGUAACGUUUCAUUGCUUAUGAACACAAGUAAUACCCAGAACACACUUCAUUUCGACGAUCACAUAAGAUUUGAAGUCGACUCUGAUGCAGAAUCCAAAAGUUUUGGCAUUUCAACCUCAGUCGGAACUUUUUUUCCUGUUUUUCAUCGACCAGAUGACGAUGAUUUAGGAGAAAGUUUUAAACUAGAAAGUUCUUUGGAGACUAGCUCAGGUCAAGGUCGCGAAGAGAACAUGGUAUAGUGAAAAACGUUUGUAUAUGGUUAUAAAUGUUUAUUUGUUAAGUUUUUAUCGUCGAUAUUACAGUUAUAUAAUUCAAAAAUUACAUUUAAGGAGUGAAACAUCGUUAAAUGUUACAUUUUAUUAACAUUGUGUUGUUUUCCAAUGAGCGAAAGGUAUCUGAAAAGAAAGAACAACGACAAUUGAAA